AAUGAAUUUCUUUCAUCCACUUCUACAAACUUUGCAAUGUAAGAAUCAGUAUUAUAAUUUUUAGUCAUGCGUUUCAAUCUCAGUGCUGAUAGACAACAAACUACUCUUAAUCUCCUUAAUCCACAGAUUAAAGUUGAAGAGAACGACCAACUUCUCCCUCCUAUAUAUUAAAUGACGUAAUAGGAACUAUUACAAAGACAUAUUGUUGAUUCUACACCUCAGGGUUUGUAAAUGUAGACACUUUCUUAAUAGUAAGACUAACCUAAAACUAUUAAUAAGAAAAUGUAUGUUGUUUAAAUAUCUCUUAGAAGCAAAAAAACUAAUACUUGUGGACAUCCAGACAAAGAACAUUAUGCCAAAGGAAUGUGCAACAAUUGUUAUCAUCGUUUAGGUAGAAACAAACAGCCUUGGUUAUGUUCACAUAAAAAAUUAUAUGCAUGUAAUUUUCAUCUCAAUCUUUUUUAGGUGGACUUUGUUAAAAUUGCUAUAUCAAUCAAUAUAAUAAAAAAAGAAGAGUCGAAAACUAAGAUUAAUAAGAGUCAGAACUCAACAACUAGUCUAGCAUACCAAAAACAGACAAUUGA